UCCCAAUAUGAGUUUGUGAGAGCGCAAGACUGAAUAGCGGAAGUUUCUCUCUUUCUUUCCAAUCUCGUUCUAACCAAACACUUCCCUCUAGCAAGCAUUCCACCCAGUGAUCAAAGAGGAGUGAGAGAACUCAAAGUAGAGUAAGAUGCUGAGUGCGUCCACUCCGACUCAGAUGCCCCCCAGCGGAGAGGACAUUUCUGGUUCUGACAGGGGGUCAGAGGUCAGUGUUCCAACUCCAGCCACAGAGACAGACCGCUUCGGCUUCAUCCUGGUGAAUGGAUCCACUGCCGGGAGUGAAGGCCCUGCUCCUGAGCUCGUUAGACAGAGAGAGACUAAGUGGAUCAACAUCAUCAGCCAAUGGGAUCGUGUCUUACUAAAGAAGUCCAGCAAGGUCAAAGAGCAGUGUCAGAAAGGCAUCCCAGCAUCCCUCAGGGCUAAAUGUUGGCCACUGCUGUGUGGCGCCACAGACAGAAUGCACCGCAACAAGGACCUCUACCAGACUCUGGACUCCAGGCCUGCCCUACAGAGCUGUGUGGACAUUAUCGAGAGAGACUUAGACCGCCAGUUCCCCUUCCAUGAGAUGUUCCUCUCCAGAGAUGGCCAUGGGCAGCGUGGUCUGUUCCGCGUGCUGAAGGCCUUUACUCAGCUGAAGCCUGACGAGGGAUACUGUCAGGCCCAGGGACCUGUAGCAGCUGUACUGCUGAUGAACAUGCCUACUGAGGAGGCAUUCUGGUGCCUGGUACAGAUUAGUGAACAGUACCUCCCUGACUACUACAGCCCCCUUCUGGAGGGGGUUCUCUUUGAUGCGGCCAUGCUGACCUGGGUGCUGAAGAAGACAUGUCCCGCAACCCACAAGCAUCUGCAGAGACACGGCGUGGAGCCUCUGAUGUUCGCCACCGAUUGGCUGAUGUGCCUGUUCACACGCCACCUGCCAUUCAACACCCUCCUCCGAGUCUGGGACCUGUUCUUCUGCUACGGAGUGCGUGUGUUGUUCCAGGUGGCGGUUGUGUUGGUGCGCAGGGCUCUGGGCCGGGUGGAGCAGAGGGAGGAGUGCGAGGGCCAGAUGGAGACUCUGGAGAGGCUGAGGGGUGUGAGGGAGCAGGUGCAGCAGGAGGACGAUACCUUCAUCGGAGAGGUGUGUUCUGUCCCUCUUUCGGGUAAGGAUCUGGAGAGGCAGACGGAGAAAGAGCUGGAGAAGUGGAGGAAGGAGCGGCCUGCCUCCACUUUUGAUCCCCGGGGUCGUUGCCACGGAUAUCGGAUGGCGUGGGCGAGGGCUCGAGAGAGGGAGGAGGAGAGGAACAGGAAGGAGAGGGCGAAAGGAAACCUGUCCAUCCCACCGAUUCGCUCGCCCUCCCUCCUCUCCCUGUCUCCCUCGCUCCUCCGCAAGAGGUGGAAGAGAGGGAGCAAAACAGACACAGGGGAGUGGGAGGGGGGAGGCAGAGAGGUGAGGAAGGUUUCAGAGGAGGCGUGGAAGGAGAGAAGCGAGGGAGUGGAUCUGGGUGGAGGAAGUGAGAAGGAUGGUAAUCCAGUGAGGGCUCAGGGUGUUCUACCUCCUACUACAGAGGACAGGGAACCAGUGGAACUGAGAGAACCGUUAGAACACAAAGAACCAUCAGAACAGGACAGAACCCAAAAGACCCAUAUGACUCCAGAUUCAGCCGGAGUAGCGUCCCAGCAGCGUGAGCUCACCUCUGACCCUCGCGUCACCUCACAGGGCCAGGAGGAGGAGCAGGGUGGAUUCAGCGAGACACAGGCCUCUGAGCAGCACAGCGACAGCCAGUCACAGGAAACUAACCACAGUAAAGGCUCCAUGGAAACACAGGAAGUACUGAGCAAACAGUCAACAGAGAGUGCACGUGUCGUCACAGAGCACAUAGUGACAGAGACAAAGGGUGAGGCAGAGGAACGCAAGGAGACAGAGACACAUGCAGAAGCCAAGACAGAGGAGGAAACAGUGACAGAGAUCCAGAUUCACACAGAAGCCAAGACAGAGGAGGAAACAGUGACAGAGAUCCAGAUUCACACAGAAGCCAAGACAGAGGAGGAAACAGUGACAGAGAUCCAGAUUCACACAGAAGCCAAGACAGAGGAGGAAACAGUGACAGAGAUCCAGAUUCACACAGAAGCCAAGACAGAGGAGGAAACAGUGACAGAGAUCCAGAUUCACACAGAAGCCAAGACAGAGGAGGAAACAGUGACAGAGAUCCAGAUUCACACAGAAGCCAAGACAGAGGAGGAAAUGAAGGCUGAGGUACAGAAAGGACAACACACAGAUACGCAACAAGAGGCAGAUACAAACUUAGAGGCAGAAACAGACAUUGGGUCACUGAGAGAGAGAGACAAAGAGACGAACACAGAGACUGAUACCAACAAGGAGAUGGAGGCACGUACAGAGACACAGUCACACAAAGGGGCAGCAAUGGAGACACACACAGACAAAAAAUCUGAGGCAGAGAGACAAACAGGGGUAGAAACUGAGGUAGAGGCACAUACAGAAACAGAGACACAGGGAGAAAAUGAGUCAGCGAUGCACAUAGAGGCAGACAUAAGAGUAGAGGCAGACUUGGGGUCACAGAUGGAGGCUGAUACACACAUAGAGACAGAGAAAGAGUCAGAGAUAGAGGUAGGGACAGAGACGCGCACAGAGGAAGCCACUGACACAGGGACAGAGGAAACUACUGACACAGGGACAGAGGAAACUACUGACACAGGGACAGAGGAAACUACUGACACAGGGACAGAGGAAACUACUGACACAGGGACAGAGGAAACUACUGACACAGGGACAGAGGAAACCACUGACACAGGGACAGAGGAAACCACUGACACAGGGACAGAGGAAACUACUGACACAGGGACAGAGGAAACUACUGACACAGGGACAGAGGAAACUACUAACACAGGGACAGAGGAAACUACUGACACAGGGACAGAGGAAACCACUGACACAGGGACAGAGGAAACCACAGGGACAGGGACAGAGGAAACUACUGACACAGGGACAGAGGAAACUACUGACACAGGGACAGAGGAAACCACUGACACAGGGAUAGAGGAAACCACUGACACAGGGACAGAGGAAACCACUGACACAGGGAUAGAGGAAACCACUGACACAGGGACAGAGGAAACCACUGACACAGGGAUAGAGGAAACUACUGACACAGGGACAGAGGAAACCACUGACACAGGGACAGAGGAAACCACUGACACAGGGAUAGAGGAAACCACUGACACAGGGACAGAGGAAACCACUGACACAGGGAUAGAGGAAACUACUGACACAGGGACAGAGGAAACCACUGACACAGGGACAGAGGAAACCACUGACACAGGGACAGAGGAAACUACUGACACAGGGACAGAGGAAACUACUGACACAGGGACAGAGGAAACUACUGACACGGGGAUAGAGGAAGCCACUGACACAAACACAGGGAUAGAGGACACCACUGACACAAGCACAGGGAUAGAGGCGGUCAUAGCGUCCCCAAAUGAAAUUUGGACACACACAGAGACAGCAUCAAAGAUAGAGGUACAAUACACAGAGCUCUCUAGGAUAUCACCAGCCAAUCAGAGCCAGGUUUCUCCAGAGUUGACCUCAGGCCAAGACCAAGCAGGCCAAGACCAGAAGAUUCCUGAAGAACCCCAGGGUCCAGUCACCAUCCAUCCAGAGGAGAAUCAGGAGACCCAGAACGUCAGAGAGAGUGAAGGAGAGAAAGAAGAGGAAGCAUUAACAUUUCCCUCUCAGGAAGCCUCAACUGACAUCCUUCCACCAUCACAUCAGGGGGAAUCACUGAAAGCUGACCUCCCUCUCAUACCUGGCAACCCAAAGUCCCAAAGUAAGAGUGAAAAGAGCGAGUCUCCACCUCCUGCAGACUCAAAGGCUGGAUCUGGCAACCCAGUAUCCACACACGCGGACAUCUCCUCCCAAAGGACUCAGGCCCGUGAUGGACCUUUGGCAACCACUUCCGGAGACUUCCGGCACUGCAAGUCCUCCAGCUCACGGAAGCUCACUCGAAGGCUCUCUGAGGAUCUCUUCACCGACCCCAACCAAUCACAACCCACCUUCACACACUCUAACCAAUCAAAUGCAGGCCUCAUUCAGUUCGACCAACUACAACCUAACACCACAGCUCCAAUUCAGGUACCAAAACACCCAGAAUCACCACGACAUGUCACAGGGAGCAUCCCAGGCACUGUCCCACCUCAGACUGUGUCCAAACCAGGCAGAGAACCAACCGACACCCCCAGGCGAUUUGGUCUCUUCCGCAGGCUCAAAAGGGAGCAGUCCAAACAGGGCAGGGAGAAAGGGGAACCUAAAGUCCCUGUCCCCAAAAUCCUGAUCCAGGACUUUAGUGACGGGACAGGUGAGGGGUGCACGGUCAGGGGGGAGGAAGAGGAGGAGCUGAGCUCCAGAGAGAGGAGGAGGAGACGGAGGGAACAGGAGAGGAGGGAGAAAGAGGAGGAGAAGUUACGGAAGAAGAGGGAGAAGGAGAUGGAAAAAGAGGAGAAAGAGCGAAAGAGGGAGAGGAGGAAGCCUCAGACGAGAGGGAAGAGUUUUCAGGUGCAACACAGCAAAGUACCCCUCCCCGGAAACAGCGGCUCACAGACAUUUGGUUCCAAAAGAAACUCUACUCCGUCUAUGGAGACAUACUUUUAACAAGCAAGGAAAGAAAUCGACAUCUAAAAAUAUUUUACAAACCACAAAAAUUACCCAUAAAACAUUUCCUUCAAUUGUAGACUUUUCUGGAAUGUAAAUAAAACAAUUAUUUUUUCUAACUCAG